AUGGAAUCUGCAGUAUACAUGGCUUGGACUAGCCAUCUUAUUGAAGAAGACAAGCCACUAUUUAGAAAAACAGGUCAGGUACGAUAUUGUCGGACAAACAUGUGGAAUUUUAUUGAAAGUGAUGAUGGCAACUACGACAACGACGAAUAUCACCCUAUUAACGGGACCAGUAACCACGAUAUCUGCGGAAAUCACAACACCUUCAGCACCGACCCCAGCUCGUUCAACUUCAAACCAACUUUCAAGCUCAGUGAUACUCUCAAAUUUCCUAGUCUGUCCAAAUGUCGAUCAGAGACCAACAUUCGGUGUGGAAACAGUGUCGGAUUCGGGAAAUCCAUUCUCAAGUCAAAAUCCGAGACCCAGUUGGUGUCUAUUCUGAAAGAAUCUACUUCUCGAGAGUCUGAGGAAGAUAGGUAUCUUUCUGGAGGGUAUUCUGAGACGCUCGUCGCCAAGGAAGAGGUUAGGUUUAAGAGACCUACAUUGAAAUAUACCAAAUCUGAGUCCAAGUUUGGAACUUAUGGGUUCGAUUCGUGUCGGUAUAUUUCUGGAGAUGAGGACUACAGUUAUCGACCCGAGCGAGUGGCUACUGACAGUUACAAAUACUCAUCAUUUAGCCCCGGAGGUAACGGAGACAAGAAGAAGGAGGCUAUCCGGGUGCCUGGAUCAUCGUCUGUGAGUGGAGCAAGUCUUGGAAUGCGAUCAACUACCUCCUAUACACGUUCUCUUGACCAUUUCACGUUGAGAGUUGUCAAAGGGGGCGAAAAUGAUGGGGUUCCACGACACAAGUCUCUGGAUAGUAUUUUGGAGUUCCCUGAAGAGUACAACUACGACCAUUUUACUCUUCAAGACGAUCAUACCUUGGGCGAGAAUGGUACUGGGAAUGCCAUACCAUCCAUUACUAAUGCAGUUCAAUCGGACAUGAACGGGAUUGAGCCUCCAGUUGAGAAACAACCCAUCCCCAGAGCCAGUUUGAAUGGGUCUACUUCCAGUUCAAAACCUGGCUCGAGCUUUUCUUCUGCAGAGUUGAGUUGGAGUCUUCCUCACAUUGAUAGAUCUGAGCCUCCAAAACCCAGCAACUUGGCUUCUGGAUCUCUUUUGAGAUCGAGUUCUCGACCUCCCCCCAAGCCAAGACGUACCAGUACUCACAGCUUCUCUCUGAUAUCCAACGAUCCUAGGCCAUCAGCAGUGUCGAUCACUAAUUCAAGACAAACUACCGCUGGAGGGCCCAAGACACCUCACCAUAAUACUCAGUCCGACAAGUCCAGGUCAGUGUCCAAAAGUAAUCCCCCAGUCAACCAUUACUCCCAUUCCAACAAUCAACAAACAUUCUCAAAUGAAGAAACCCAUUUCAACAACCCUCUGACUCCUCAAUAUACCAACCCUCGACAGUCAACCCCUCCACCCAGUGACGUGCUGAGCCCAAGAGAGCCCCAGAACUCACCUCCAAAAGCUGAUCUGCUCGCGGCAAUCGCACAUAUUGUCCCUCUGGUAUCAGUCGAGUCAUGUGACAAACCAGCUCAACACGAGGCCACUCCUCCUCCUGCCAACAACACCGCUUCUCCAACACAUGACAAUAGCCCAUCGGCGUACCAGAACUCCAAGUCACGCGCAGUUGCAAACUUGCGGAACCGCCAACUGCUCCAAGCCCGAGGCAUCCGAGUAUUACCGCCCAGUCCUCUCAGACAGGUCUGUCACGUGAGAUCAGACGAAGAAGACCUCGCCGGCCAGACGUCUGCACACCCGCCUGCCCGGAGAGCCUCCUUGUUCAAAACAUACACGCAACCACAUGAAAAACCGGAGACAUCCAUGGAGUCACGUGACUCUGUGUUCAAGACGCAGACGGAGACGGCGCUGUUCAAGUCACGAGACCUUCUGGAGAAGUUCAGGCUUCGCAAGCCUACGACCUUGACUUUGGCCAAGAAUCUUGUGGAUGAGAUUCUUCUCUUCUCGGCUCGGUAUCUGCUCAUUAAGCAGGAGAAGCUACGUAAAUAUGCUCUACUUCAUUCUGCCGUUACCAACUGUUACCUUCUCAAUACUGGCUGGAUACGUGAUCACAAGACCCGUAUUUUCUCUAAAGCCGAGGGACCCUUUAUUGUCAACAAGAGAAAGUGA